AUGGAUAUGCUAAAUCCCCAAUUCGAAGAAAUUGGAAAGGAGUUUGUGAAUCACUACUUUCAGCUAUUUAACACAGGAAGGAAUGAACUAGCGGCACUGUAUAAAGACAUUAGUAUGAUGAGUUUUGAAAAUGAUCAAUGUAGAGGAACAAGUCAGAUAAUUGAAAGACUGAAUAAAUUGCCACCUACAGUUGUUCACAAAUGUCUAAGCCUAGAUAUUCAACCGACACCCAAUAAUGGCAUUUUAAUUUUAGUUUGUGGUGAUAUUAUUAUUGAGGAGAAUAAGCCAAUCAAAUUUGUUAGAACUUUCCACCUUUUCCCAUUACCUAGUGGAGGAUAUUUCAUUUUUAAUGAUUUAUUCAGAUUUUGCAUUGGUUAA